AUGUUGAGUGGUUUUCAACCGUGUCAACCAUGUUGGGAUACAAUCAAUGAUAAAGAUAGUUUUAAGAUAAAUACAUCGUCUAAAAACUAUACAAUCGAUCCAUUAGAAACAGAAGCUGAACGAAAUAUUCGCACGCGUACUGUAACGCCCGUCGUAACUGGUUCUUCAGUUGCUGCAUUCAUCUUCAAAGAUGGUGUUAUCUUAGCUGCUGACGUUCUCGGUUCCUACGGUUCGUUAGCAAAAUAUCGAAAUAUUCCUCGUAUACAUCAAGUUAAUGAAAAAACUGUUCUUGCCAUCGGUGGUGACUUGUCUGAUGCUGAUUAUAUUAAAGAAGCGAUUGAUUCGAAAGUAGAAGAAGAUCUUGUUCAAGAAGACGGUGGUGAAAUGACACCAUUAGCUCUCUAUGCUUGGUGUACGAGAUUGUUGUAUCAUCGUCGAACGAAAUUCAAUCCAUUGCUAACAAAUGUAAUUGUUGCUGGAAUGGAAAACAAAGAGCCAUUUCUCGGACGAGUUAAUGAUAAAGGCUCAGCUUACAGAGAGUUUUUGAUUAUGACUGGUAUUGCUAAUCACUUAGCUCAAGGCUGGAUUCGAACUAUCUUAGAGAAUUCAAAUCAACUCAAUAAAGAUCAAGCUGAGCAAUUGAUGGAUCGAAUUAUUAAACAAUUAUUUUAUCGAGAUUGUCGAGCAUUUGCCCGUUAUCGUGUUUGUAUUGUAACCAAUGAUGGUAUAGAAUUCAAAGCAAAAGAAGUCCAACCUGAUUGGAGUCUCGCGCCAACCCUACGAAACACCGAAUGA